UCGCACACCGGGCCUCACCUCCACUUUUUGUUUUUGUUCUUGUGAUGUGCAUAAUGUGCUUUGUGUGUUAGCCAUUUGCUCAUGUCCUGGUUUUUAAACAUUGCCUUUGCGCCGCAAUACAUACUAUGUUGGAAUUUUGCAGCAUAUACAAAUAAACAUAUUUUACACAUCUAUUUGAAAAUCCAAAGGCUGCUGUGGGAAAUUGUUGAUUAUGGCAUGCUGCAUGGGAGGAAAAUGUGGCUGUGUAGGUACUACAUAUGCAUUCAGGGUCAAUCACUGUUCUGAGCUCACAUUUUUACAAUAUGUUUAGAGUUGUCUGAAUUUCAUAUUUUGCAAUUUUUAUUCCACUUUGUAUUGUGGUGCAAGUCUUUUAUGGAAAAGUAGGAGCCAGGGCAUGGCUAUGGUCCAUUCUCAAAGGAUGUAAAAUGAUAACCAAGUAAAUCUGCAAGGGAUUCAUACAGGUCUGUCACUGGGCUGCAAAAAUGUGCCACACCUGCAUGACAUAAUUCAGUUAAACCUUGCUUUCAUUUGUGUCAAACUGAGGGCAGGCAAAGUUGUGCCCAAUUCGUGAAUGCUUUCUUCCAAAGUUACCCACUUAACAUUAUACUUCCUUGAAACAUUGUCUCUCUGCAAUUAGUGGCAAUUUGAACCAUUUGUCAGACUUGGAGUGCUUUGUUUUGCUAUGUUUUUACCAAGAUACUUCUAGCACAUUUCUACCAGUUUAGUUUGCAGCUGCACUGGUGUUUACCAUGAGCUGAAUGUUACCAGACAAGGGUCUGCAGUGUCUUCACAUCUGGGGAGGCAGCUGGUUUUCUUAUGCACACACCCUCUCCAAAACAGAAGAUGGCAGCCUUCUUGUGGACGGCGCCGUGCUGGCUGAUGCCGCGGCGCGGUAUGGCCAGCGGGCCGCGCAGCCUCUACGACGCGCUGGGCGUCACGCCGCGGGCUUCCUCCAAGCAGAUCAAGGCCGCCUACUUCAGGCUCUCCAAAAAGCACCAUCCGGAUCGGAGCAGCGGCGACUCGCUCAAGUUCCAGGAGAUCAGCGCCGCGUACGAGGUGCUGGGCAGCCGACAGAAGCGGCGCAUCUACGACAGUGGCCUGGCCGGCGGCGCCGCUGGCGACGAGCCGGCCAGGCGGCAGCCGCGCGCCGCGCACGCCGGCCGCGGCGCCCCCUUCACCGGGCGCACCGACCACUUCCACUACGACGCCUGGUCCCAGGCUCACUAUGCCGACUUGCGCUGGCGGGAGAGGAACGCGCGCGACGCGUAUGCCAAGGCUGCCGAGAAGCGCCGGGACCGGCGCAACGAGCGCACCCGAGGCUUCGUCGGCUGCUUCCUGCUGUUGGCCUUCACUGGCUACCUGCUGCUGACGGAGCAGAGCCCGAGGGGCAACCGAACUGGCGCCGAGCGGCCGGCCCGGCCGCCCAGCUAGCGCUGCCCGGCCGGCUAGGGGCACAGCUGUUAGCCUGUUGCCCGGGCGGAGCGGAGCGCGACGGCGCCGGAGCACCCCCACGCUCACGCCACACGCCCGAUCGAGUGAGUGAGGUAGCGCUUCAGUAAUGCGGAUGGGUAAUGCCUAAACCGUGAAGCAGCCAGAAAGUAAAAAAUUCAAAAUAGAAUAUGGUAUCGGUAAAUUGGUGCGUCCUUAUUUUCUGCUGUAGCCGGCUGCUGAGUUAGGCAUUCAACGGAAGAUGUUCGGAUGUGCAUUCUCAGGUCUUACAAUUAUUUUGGGCUAGCCGACGGGGAAAGAGCCAUGCUUGUUACACUGGCGUGAUUGGUCGAUCUAGACGCGGGUGCCGUUUUAUCAGGUUACUGAUAUUCGUUGGAACAUCAGAGGCGUGGAUGUAAUUUGUGCAAUAUCGAAAUAUAGCCGCUCUCAUGGAGCGUCAACAUG